UCCGUUAUAUGGUCGUGUCGCGGUAAAGUGACGCAGCUGUGAACCUUCCAGUUGUGUAGCUUGUUAUGGCGGCGCUUCUGAGAGGACUGCGGGCUGGAAGGCUCCUCCGUGGGCUGACCAGCGUGGUCGCUGCACCAACAUCAACACAUGCUCAGGGCAGCAGCCUGAGGCGAGGCUUCCACUUUGCAGCACUGAAGCUGCAGGACGAGUCCAAAUCUGACAAACCCUCUGUAUCUUCAUCCUCAUCAUCAUCAUCCACAAUCACCAAUGAGCACCACCAGGCUCAGUCAGCUGAACAGGACAAUGAGGCAGCUUCUCAGCAGCAUUCUGAUCCAAACUGCAGUGACCAGGAGCAGGACGAGGACUUUGAAACAGAGGAGCAACGGCAGACUCGAAUUCUGACGGCGGCUGUGGAGUUUGUCCCGCUGCACGGCUGGUCCAUGGAAGCCAUCGCUGCUGGUGCUGAAUCUCUGGGUUUGUCCUCUGCUUCUACUGGGAUGUUCUACAACGGAGCGGGAGACAUGGUCCUACAUUUCAUUUCCCAGUGCAACUCCAAGCUGACUGAGAUCCUGGCUGAACAACACAAUCAGGUCCAGCUGGGCCAGGCAGAACCAAAGAAGACAGCUGACUUCCUAAGAGAUGCAGUAGAAACCAGGCUGCGGAUGUACAUCCCCUACAUUGAAACCUGGCCACAGGCGAUGAGCAUCCUGCUCCUUCCUCACAACAUCCCCGACAGCCUGAAGCAUCUCUCCACUAUGGUGGACGACAUCUGGUACUAUGCCGGGGACCGAUCCACAGACAUGAACUGGUACACAAAGCGGGCAGUGCUUACUGGUCUCUACAAUACUACAGAGCUGGUGAUGUUGCAGGAUUCCUCUCUGGACUUCCAGGACACCUGGACCUUCCUUGAUAACCGCAUUCAGGAUGUAGUCAACAUGGCCACCACUGCAAAGCAGAUGCAGUCAACCGGUGAAGCUGUAGCGCAGGGGCUCAUGGGAGCUGCAGUUACGCUGAAGAACCUCACAGGACUGAACCAGAGGCGAUGAUGGGAAAAAAUCUCUGAGGCACAUUUAGCCCGACUGGCCGGAUGAUGUCAUGAGCUGUUAUUUUGCUCUUAUUUUUCAGUUGUACAGUAUGACUGACUGAAUUUAAUCAUGGGUUUUAAAAACACAGAAUAAUCCCAUUUGUCGAAGGCCCUCCGUAUCUUUCUGUUCAUCUGCAGAAUAAGUUGCUUUCAUUUGUUUAACUUGGAUCAUUUUUUGUUGUAUUGAAGUACAAGAACAGAUUCAAUUUAUUUGGAAGCCAAAUAAAGUAGUGUAUAUUCAA